AUGGAGUCGGAUGGCGUCCUAACGGCCGCUGAUAACGCAGCAGCUGUAGCGGUACCAGGAGCAGGGGCGGUCGUCGUGACAAUGUCAGGCACAAAGCGGGCGUUGCUCCCUCCAGCAGGUGACCUGGCGACAGCCUCUCCCAAAAAGCCCCGGUUGACGCCACCGCCGGUAGCGGCAGCAGCUGCGGUAGUGACGUCGGCAACCGCAACGGAAGCACCGGGGAACUCAAUAGGUGUACGGCUAACGGUACCGAGUACGGCAUCAGCUGCAGCCAAUCCGCAGGCCGGUGGCACGAUCCGGCCCCGUCGGAGCCGAUGGGGUGAGAUGCCUCCGUCGGCGGCAGGAGAAGCAGCAUCGACACCACCUGCAUCAGCAGCCUAUCCUCCUCCGCUGCCGCCGCCGAUGCCGCUGACGGCGCCGGCGGCAACGGCAACGGCGCGGAGGUCGACACCUGCGGCGUCACCGUCACCUGGGGAGCCGAUGGAUCUAGAAUCACCGCUGUUGCCACACGAACAGCAGCAGCAGCAGCAGGGUGCAAUGGUUCAGGCACCGCCAGCGCCGCCACCGGAACCUGGGCCUGCUGGCGCCAGCCUGGAAGGGGCAGUGACGGCGGCGGCGGCGCCGCCGCCGCCGCCGCCGUCGCCAGGGGAAACACGGCCGCAGCGGCUCCCGUCUCCCCCGCCCCCGGAGCAAGGACUCGGGAUCCAAACAAAGCCGAAGCAACAGCCGGCAGAUAACUCCCAACAGCAGCAGCAGCAGCCUGGGGGGCAUUCACGCGCGAGCCUGACAUCUCCCGAGCCGGCCCAGCUCGCCAACGGCCCCGACGAUCUGCACCUCGCCCCAGGACCUUUUUCCCCUAAACCGAUUGCUGAUGAUGAUCGACAACGCAACGUCGGAGCGGGCAUGGUGGCACCUGUUGCGGCUGCCGCAGCUGGGGACGCGUCGGCAGCGGCGGCGUCGGUCGCGGGCGGAGGGGGAGGCGAGGAACAUGCGGCUGCAGACGUGCGUAUAGCAGCACCAGCACCAAUAGCACAAGUUGAAGCGACCGCGACCGCAGAAGGAUUAGCGUCAGCGUCAGAGCUGAGCCGUGACGUGACGUAUCGGGACGUAGGGGCUGCAGCUGUCGCACUGCCUUUCAGUGCGGCGACGGCGAUGACGGCGGCGGCGGUGGAGAUCCCCCGGCCCGUGGGCGCGUCAGCCUCAAUGACGGCCCCCGCAACCAGCGCCGAGGCAAACGCUGCCGCGCCGUCUCCGCCACCUGCUGCUGCUACUGCUGCAAGUCCAUCAGCUAGGCAAGAAGCUGCAACUACAGCUGCUGUAGCAACGGGCCCACCUGCAUCGGCGAUGGCUGUAGCCGUUACGAAGGAAGCGGAUGUGGCGGUUGGAAAUACAGGCCUGGCGGCGUCAUCUAUAUUGGCAGCGGCGACAGCAGCGGCGGCGGUGGCAGCUGGCCAACGGAACAUCCCGGAGGCUUCACAGCCUCACGCCACUGACGCCGCCGCUGCAACACCUGCCGUAGCAUCUCCCACCAGGGGCAGCCUGGCCGACCCGUCGGCGCCCAGCAGCGCUGUGACGUCCAGGGAGGGCUCCUGUGUGCCGGAUGAGGAGGCUGGCAAGGAGACGCUACCGGGGGUACCUCCGCCUGGCGGCAGCAGCAGUAGCGGCGGUGGCGGCGGCGGAGCGCAAGAGCAUACUACAGCGGGCGCGGGCGCGGCGGCGACCACGGAUGCCUGGAAGUGGGCCAAGAUUGCUGAGAAGCAGGAGCGACGCCGGAAGGAGGAAGUUGUGUCUACCACAAGUGGUUGAACAAGGCUAUCACUCAAAUGAAGAGCGGCCUGGACGAUGCUUUCGUGCAUGACCCACAAGACCUUCCGGACUACAAGACCCUUGUCAAGCGACCUAUGUGGCUCAAGGAAAUCCAGAAACGUCAGAAGAAGAAGCACUACACGCCGGAUGACGAGGGCUUCAGACGUCUGGAAGAGGACUUCACGCUUAUUGGCCGGAAUGCCGUACACUACAACACUGAGUACCUGCGAGAACGGCAACGUCAGCAGGGCGUCAACGCGCUGAUAUCGCCGGUAGCAGCAGCAGCGGCGGCGGGAGCAGCAGCGGCAGGGGCGCCUUUGCCACCGGGCGCUGAGCUGGACGAGGAGUUGCGCGAGCACGAUAACGUACGGCGGGAAGGCGAGGAUCUGAUACGCCGUACGGCGGAAGUUUUUGCAAACUGCCGGCGGGAGCUGCAGGAUGAGCUUCCUAUGGCGAACGGCUGGUGGCAAAACAAGUUUGAAGGAGAUGAUGUGGUUCACCAGCAUCUUUGCGAGCUGAUGGUGGUGAAUUGGUCUGUCGUGGGCACCAGCGAGACCAUCUUCGAGAACUUGUCUACAAAGAUGCAGAUGGCUGUGUUGCCUGAAUGGGUUGGUGGUAGGCUGGUGAUAAAGUCGCAGGAGACCACCUGCCAUGGGCCCGUUGGGCGCUCGAUGGCACUGUACAUGCCGGGCCACCCAGAAGCGUUCAGCUACGGUGUGCAGUGUUCUGGCCAUGCCGUGGUGUCUGGCUGCUUGGCGGCGGGGUUGGGUUCUGCAUGCUAUGUAGCUGAAAUCGCAACAAUGGGUCCCAAGAAGCGAACUUUUUUCUCAGGGGCGGCAUUUGAGACUACGUAUGCUGGCUGGCUGGCCAAAGGCCUUGAUGCUAAUGCUAUACUGUUUAAAACGAGGAAUCUGAAGCUGCCUUAUGAUGAGGUCAUAGACACUAUCUUCCCAAAAGUGUUCAAGGAUGUCCUCAUCGCAAGCGGGUGUGUAAUCCAGCCUCCGAGCCAAGAGCGGCCCAAGUACAUUAUUUUCUGGGCGCUGCUCAAGAACCUGUUGUCAUUUCAAGCACCGGACAAGCUAUUCGGCGUCUUCGUUGGUGGACCACCGUCACCAGGUGACGAUGAGGCAAGCGACGUGGGCGACGACGAAGAUGACGAGGAAGAUGACGUGGAAGAUGAUAUGUCCAAGUUUGUCCUCGUCCACUCCCGCCCUGACGAGAUGUGGAAAGUGCGCUCCAACACCUUGAUGGCAAGCGUUGUGUCCAAGCGUUGCACCCCCCUGCUCAUCGUGGAGGUGAAGGCAGCUGUGGAUGUCGAAAAGCACCUAUGGCAGCCACUGGCUACUGCACUUGAGCUGGCGGAGGCAAGCGGCACAGAGGAGCCGGUGUGGGUGCUGCUCACGGACAUGCAGAGGUGGCACUUUGCCAAGGUCCAGCGUGCGAGGCCACGGCCACAAACAAAGGAGCAGGGUGCAGCAGCAGCAGCAGCUGCACAGGCGCCAACUUCGGUUGUGCUGCAAGACCUAGCUGCCAGCCUGAUGCGAGCCAAAGCGAGCUUGCAUGUGUACUCCAUACAGCUGUAUGAGCAUAUCUAUGCUGGCUUGACGACUUACAGCUCAGAUUACUACAAGGUGCUGCAGCAGUUACUGAAGAUCAUGUACCCCGGCCUGCACCUGCGGGAGCUGCUAACACGCCAAGAUGCUGGCCAGGAAGUGAUCAACUCGCAGACAGAGAGCUGGGUCAAGCAGUCCCUGGCGAAUGCCAAGGAUAAAAUUAUCGGCAAGAAAGUUUUCAAAGUUCAUGGUGUUAUACCGGCUGGAAACUACUUGCGCGUGCCACGCUCCAAACUGCAGAGCCUGGGGUUGACGGGCCGUAUCUUGUACAUACAGCUCAAAGCCACGCCCAUCAAGGUGUUCGUCAUUCACAUCGAGGCGGUCACCGAGGACCAGAACGUCCACCGAGUGUCCAUCAGCAACAUGUACUCCCAGGAUGCGCUCAAGCGCAAGUCCAACGGCGUGCAGCUGGCCUUUCCGGGCGCCAGCCACCGCUGGUGCGUGCUGGCGGUGGACAUGCGUGCAGCGCUGCGUGGUUUCACAUCUUCCAGAUUUGCAUCCAUCAAGUCCAUCCAGAUGUGCUCCUGGCUGACUGUGAGAACCAUGUUCAGCUCCGACUAUAAAUUCAAUCUGGAGAACCUGCCGGGCGAUAUGGCGCUGUCACACGCGCUGGAUACGGGCCUGUUCGAGAUGGUGUGGCUGCCCAAGGAGCCCUCAGACGCGCCCACCCUGGACAUGACGCCACCCCCCAAGCGCAUCGCCGGGAAACGUCGACCCGCGGGGGCCGUGAGGACCAGCCCACCCGCGAGUGGCGGGGCCCCCGCCGCCAAAGGCUCCUCCGUUGCAUCAGCUCACGCCGGGGGCAAGGGCUCAGCGCCGGGCAGCAGCGCCACCGGCGCCACUGCAGCCGUCGGCAGCGGCGGCGCAAGCGGCCGCGGCAGCAAAGCCGUACAGGACGACUACGACAAUGACCAGGAAAGUGCCGGCUAUGCAAGCUCUGACAAUGAGAGGGCUGCGCAGCCUCGACAUCCGCCGUCGCCGCUGCGGCCACCGCUGUCGCCCAUCUCCGCUGCCAAUGCCAUUCGGGGAGCCACUGCCGCCAACCUAGCGUCCAUGACGGCGGCCGCUACCAUCGUCGGCGCCGCUGCCGUACCGCACCGCCCCGGUGACCCCGAUGGAGCCGGCUCUGGCGGCGGCUUUCCGCGCCGUACACCCGCCAUCGCCACUCCGCCGAGCGCAGCGGCCGCGCUUGGUAUUGAAGCCGCGCUUCAGGGCCCGUCGCUGAGCCCAGACCCGGCGUUAUCGCUCGUCCGCGUCAACGCCUAUUCGGGCGAGUUCGUGCGUUGCCUAGUUUGGAUCCCUGGGAGUGACGAAGUCGCCUUUGCGGCCGCUAGUGUCGUAAUCAUGAUGAGCAUUGUCGACGUGCCGCCGCCGCCUGCGGCGGUAACGGCAGCGGCCGUGCCCGGCUCUCCGGCGGCUGCGGCGCAGUUGCAGCGGCUGCAGCAGGCGCCCGGGCGGCAGCGGUACCUGCUGGGUCACACGGCAUUCGUGUGUGCGCUGGCGGCCAGCAGCAAUGGGGAGCUGUUGGCGAGCGCGCAGGAGGGCAAAGAGGCGGUGGUGCGGCUGUGGGAUGUGGCGAACUGCACCUGCCUGGCCAUACUCAACGCCCACACCAGCGGCCUCAGCUGCGUGGACAUCUCCCCGGAUGUGCGUGCGGUGGCCGCUGUGGGACUGGACUCACACGCCCGCCAGACCAUCGCGCUGUGGAACAUCUCAAACAUGCGCAACCCGCACCGUAAGAUCGAACUGGUGACCCGCCACGCAACGGAAUACAACAUCAAGGUGCUCCGCUUCAGCGCCUACCAGGAGGACCAUCUGCUGACUGCUGGUAGGGACAGUAUCCGCAUCUACCGGCUCAAGGGCGGGCAGCUGAGGGGCACCUCCGUGCGACUGGUGCCCACCAACAAGCGGGUGACCAGCCACGCGGGCGGCGUGUCCGCGGCAUUGGGCCCCAACAUCUUCACGGACAUCGCCUUCGAAGCAGGCGUGGGCGUGUAUGGAGUGGACGCGUUCAAGGUGUACGUGUCAUCUGCCUCCGGCGCGGUGUUCCAGGUGGACUACACCACCCGCAACCUGGACUGCAUCUACCAGCUGCACGCCUCAGCCAUCAACUGCCUGCUGGUGGCGGACGGGCUGGCCAUCACUGGAGGCGAUGACCGCCUGCUGAGGGCGUGGCCACUGGACUUUAAGGACUACCUGUUGGAGGCCGAGCACGAGGGCUCCGUGACGGGUCUGGCGCUGUCGCCUGACGCCCUGCGGGUGGCCAUCGGCACGGAGACGGGGGCCCUGGGCUGUCUGCACAUCCCCGACCACUCCUACAUGACGUUGCUCAGGUCGCACUCGGGGUCCGUCAAUGCGGUCGCGGUGGACCCCAACAGGGAUCACUUUUGCACGGUCUCUACGGACGGCACUCUGCGUAUCUGGCACCUGCUCACCUACCAACAGCUGUACGAGUUCGACGCACCUGGGGAGGCGGUCACGUGCGUGGCCUACCACCCGCUAUCCGCACACCACGAGCUGGCGGCGGGGUUUGCCAACGGCCGAGUGCGCGUGUUCGACGUGGGGACAACCGCACUCAUCCAGGAGCAGCAGCAACACCGUGCGGCAGUAGCGGAACUGGUGUUCACCCCCUCCGGCGACAGGCUGUUUAGCGGCGGUAUGGACGGCGCGCUCGUUAUGUACGACGUACAACGGCUGUACGCGCCGACGCAGUACCUGUCAGCCGGUGUACGGGACAUCAAGGUGUGUGUGGCCGUGAGCCCCGACGGCGCCUACUUCGCCAGUCUCAUCCGGGACCCCUACCGCGGCAUUACCUCGCUGUUGGUGUUUCACGGCCGCUCCCUGGAGCCCUUCAUGCGGAUUGAGACAGACGCAGAGGCCUACGUCAAACUGGCCUUCAGCCCCGACUCCAAGGAGCUGUGGGCCCUGGCCUCCAGCCGCCGAUUGGACCGCUACGAGCUAACUGACGGCAACCUGUUGCAGCAGAUCCUGGACGUGUCACCCCUGGAGCUCACCACGCUGGCCGCCGACCCGGCGGGUCGCUAUGUGCUGACGGCCGGCGUGGACGGGCUGUUGCGGCUGUGGGCGUGUGUACCGGCGGCGGCGCUGCAGCCGCGCAGCUUGCCGCCACACCAGGCGUUUCAGCAGCAGUACAACUGGCAGCACCCCGCUCUGGCGCAGGCAGCACGCGCCGCCGCAGCGCUGCGUGCCGCCGUGCUGCCGGCGGCGCUUCGCCCGCCAGACGACGAGCCCGCCGCCGCUGCCGCAACGGCCGCCGCCCUCAACGACCCGCACCACCCCCUCUCCCGCGCUUCCCCGUGGACGGCGCUGGGACCAGUAGCAGAUGCCACCGACCACCACCUCACCACGCGUGCCGCCGCGCUCGGCGCCAUUCCGCUGCCGCCGGGCACCCUCCUGGUCCCUGCACCCUCGGCGCGGAUAGCGUGGCCGGAAGCCACGUCGUCGCAGUCGGCUACCUCGGCAACCGCGGCAACCGCGGGAACCGCGGGAACAGCAUUCAACGCCGCUGCCGCUGCGCUGGCAGCGUCGGCGGUGCGUGUGGCCAGCCCUGGCCCGCAGCUGUCCCCGAGGCCUACGUCCGCGCAGCCACCGUACGGCGGUGGUGGCGGCGGCGGCGGCGGCGGCGGGGGCGGCGGAAGCUACCUGACGGCGCAGCAUCAGACGCAGACGUUGUCGUCAUCAGCAGGCUCGCUUUCCACGGGGCUUACAACAUCACCCAGGGCGGGAGGAGGAGGAUCCAGGCCUUCUCCAACGAGGACGCUGCCGUCGCCGCAGCCGCCACAGCCGCCCCCCAAAUGUUCGUGGCUGCUGGGCUACACCCCCACCGGCUGUAGCAAUGUAUCUUGGCGCUCCGAAACCGGCGUCUUUGCGUACGUCGUGGAGGAUAUGGUAGUCCUUGAGCACCUCGCAACGCGGCGGCAACGCUACCUGCGCGGCCAUACGCAACCAUUGUCGUGCCUGGCGGUGUCGUACGACGGCAGGGCGUUGGCAGCGGCGCCGCUGGCGCCGGAGCUGUACGCAGUGGAGCCGUCGUCAUCGGAGGCGGUCUUGGCGGUGCCUUGCCUGACGGCACCGUUCGCUGAUGUGGUGGUAUGGGACGUGGCCAGUGGGGCCGAGAGGUGGCGGCUCCGAUACCACACGCAGGCCGUACAGGCCCUGUCCUUCUCUCCAGACGGCCGCUGGCUGCUCUCCCUGGGUCGUGAGCCCGACCGAUCCGUGGUGCUGUGGGACGUGGGGGCGGGGCAGCUGGUGGCGGCGGGGCGCACGGAGCAGCUGCCCACUGCGGCGGAGUGGCUGUGGGGCGGCGACCACCCCGCCUUUGCGAGUGUGGGGCCGGAGGGGCUGCUGCUGUGGACGCUGCAGGACAGCUUCCUGGAGCAGCGCAGCGUGCCGCUAAGCGACCAGGACGAGCCCGUACCUUGUACGGCGCUUGCGGUCGACCCCGCUGGCGCGUUGCUGGUCGCAGAGUCGCCGUACGCCGGGAGAAGUGCCAGCGGCGGCGCCACCUCCACCUCCACCUCCACCGCGAUGGAGCCGUCUCCGCCGUCCAUCCGCAUCUGGCACGUGGAGGCCGCCGGCGCCAUUGCGGGCGGCUCGGCAACCUUGGCACAGGCAAGCGCCCUGAUGAAUGAUGAGAGCGAAAUAGAGAGAGGAAUUUGUGAGCGAAGCGAGCUUGACUAUCCAUUUUUGGGCUCGCAGGUGGCCCGACUGCCUGGCCCGUCCGCGGUGACUGCCAUGGCGGCCAGUUGCGAGCUGGCGCUGCUGGCUACGGAGGAGGGCCACCUGGUGAGGUUCAGGCGCACCACCGUGAGUGGCACCUGGUCUGAGGAGGCUACCCUGCAGCUGGAUGGUCGGGUGCUGAGCCUGUGUGCUGAGCCGGGCAUGAAGGACGCCGUGGUGGCCACAGCCACCUCCACCAUCUGGUUUGUGGGAAUGCAGGACGGCAGCUCCGUGCCCAUCGUGUGCGGGCAACCCGCCCCGGUGCUGGGACUGCUGCCGGCCCCACAUGACCCACGGGUCAUGGCCUCCACAUCGGAAGACGGCCUGUUGCGCGUAUGGCGCCUGGGCCCCGACGAGGCCGAGCCCAUCAUCGAGCUGCGCUCCGCAUCGGCCUGCACCGCCGCGGCCUUCCUUAUGCGUCUUCCCGAAAGCAGCACCCGCAGCCGCCCCGCUGCAGCGGAGGACGACGAUGAAGAGGCCGCUGCUGCUGCGAUGGCGGAGGCGCUAGAGGAGCUGGAUAUGGCGCCGCCGCCUCCUCAGCCCAUGCUGCUGGGCGGCUACCGAGACGGCUCCCUGCGGCUGUUCGCGUUGGAGCCUGCUGUGGAGCUGCAGUGGGCGCUGGCGCGUCACCCGGCCCCGCUGGUGUCCGUAUUGCCGCACCCCUACAAGCCCUUGGUGCUGACGGCGUCCAGCGAUGGUAGCCUGGCGGUUACCGACCUACGAACCACUCGCCUCAUGUCGUACGUCACCGUCUUCACGGCGCUGGGCCCGAGCGACAGCCCCUCCAGAAGGCCACCCGCGGUGCCGCUGCCACCUGCCGCUCGACCGGGCUCGGGACCCCUGCAGGCAUUGGCUGUAUCCCCGGGAGCCGCUGCGUCCGUGGCCGCUGCCGCGUGGCGGGACCGCCUGGUGGUGUUCGCGACCCCCUGGGAUGACCCGAGCUGCCUGCCCAUCUCCUUCUACGACUGCCAACCGCCUGCUGUUCGAGGCAGCGCGGAGCAGCUCCGUUUCCGCCCCGGGCCUGAGGUUUCUGCGCUGGUGGCUUUCGUGGGUACCGCCACCAAGCUGGUGACCUUCUCCAGCCCGCUGCAGCCCGGUGUGGUGCUUGUGUUCGAUUACCGACUGGGGGUGGUGGUUCGCAAGGUGUCAGUGCCACAGGGCGUGUGUAGUGCGUGGGUGCCAACUCCCAAUUGUUGCGCUAGUUUCAGUGCACAGGUGAUUCGUUCUAUGGCGCUCUCGCCGGACGGCACGGCCCUGGUGAUAGGAAGCGCCGAGCGGACGGUGUUCAUGGUGAACCUAGCCAGCGGAAGCUUCGAGAGCCUGAGAGGGCACACCGGUUCGGUGGUGGCGGUGUCAUUUUCUACGGAAGGCAGCCAGGCAGUGACGGCGGCAGGCUGUGUGCUCAUGGUGUGGGACGCUGCCGAGGUGCUUAGAAAGCUUACGCCACCGCCACCGCCUCCGCCGCGGAAGACGCUGUUUGAAUUGUAGAGCUCUUCUGAAAUCUCUCUUAAUAGGUGUCUUGUGGAGGUGUGCGGGCGCGUAGGAUGGAACAGGGGGAGCGCAAGACAGGAAUGAGCUGGUAUAUCGUUGGGUUGGCACUAAGGAGGGGUAAGGGAGGGAAGACG